AUGAAUCCUGCAAAAAAACAAAACUGGAAAUGCAGUAUUUGUGUUAAUGCCAAUAAAAAAAUCACUGUCAAUCCGGCUGAACAGAAUAAUAUUAUUACACGAAAAAAAAGUAAAAAUUUACAACAGAAUCAUAAUGCUACAGAAAAAUCACCUGGUUUUGAGAUUAUCACCACGCCACUAUCGGUUACACCUCAUGAGAUAAGUAACAGUUACAAACUUACUACUAGCACUAGUAACAUUAUUGCUUCACCAACCUCUACGCCUAUUAAUAUUCAUCAAAUGAGCAAAACUAGUAGUCCCAUUGAGAGUGAUUUAUCCGAAGACUCGUUCAAAAUUACAGAGAGGCUAUCAAGGAGUUUCGAACAUACAUUACCCAAUGAUAAGUCGAUAGAAAAUGAACUUCAAGAGAAAAUAAGAUCCUUACAAACGGAGCUGAGUACUACACAAACUGAAUUGGAAAAUACUAUCAUAGAGAAUAAUGAACUUAAAAGAUCAAUUGCUAAAAUGACUAAAGACAUACAAACAUUAAAAAACUUAUGUAAAUCACCGAAAAUAGAUUAUCCACAUACAAGCAAAAAGAGACAAUUAUUAUCGCAAAACUUUUUCACCCCCCCAAGAUCAUCUGCAACAAAGGAAGCUAAUAUGGAAUAUUCAUCUUUUCUAAGAAAAAUUUCCGAUUUGGAACAAGCACUACAGAAAUCGAACAAUGAAAUUGAGUGUUUAAAAAACUUAAUUCAAAAAUUACAGAAUGGAACUAUAGAAGAAAAUAUAAAUCAACAACAAUCUUUGUCUGCAGUAGCAUGCAGCAGCCAAAAAGGUCAGCAUAAAAUCAUAGAUGGCGGCACAUGCAAGAAGUCACGUCAGCCAUACCAAUGUGACAGACAUAUGAAACAAUGUAGUGUAAACAAAUCUUGUAUAAUAUCAUGUGAAAAUAAACCUCAAAUUCAUAUAUUUGGAGAUGAACAAGUUGUGCCUAAGACAGCUUUACUUAUAACAGCCAGUCAGAUUCAGGUGUUGAAACUACCAAGUUCUCAACUGGGUCACGCCAGUUACUAUUGUCUUCUUACAGUUUCAACUUUACUUUAA